CAGCUGACCAUGGUUACAUAACUGAAACCGGAGAACUUUGAACUAAUAGUAAAAGUAGGUUACAGUGCAAGUUCGUCGUGUUUGUGUGUCAGAAGUAUCUUACGAGAGAGAAUUAAAGCUGGAAAUGUCGUCUGAAGUGUUCGACUGCAUCGUCAUUGGUGCAGGGAUCCAGGGGUCUUGCACUGCCUAUCAGCUGGCCAAAAACAAGCAGAAAACUCUAUUGCUGGAGCAGUUUGUUUUGCCCCACUCCAGAGGCAGCUCUCAUGGCCAAACCAGGGUUAUACGGAAAACCUAUGAGGAAGAUUUCUAUAUACAGAUGAUGCACGAAAGCUAUGAGCUAUGGGCUCAGCUUGAGAGAGAAGCAGGUGUUGAACUGCACAGGCGCACAGGCCUGCUGGUUAUGGGUCCAGAAAACGGAGAGGGUUUCUCACGCCUAAAGGCCACGAUGCAAAAGCACAAGAUUCCUACAGUGUUUCUGGAGAAGCAGGAAUUCAGCCAGCACAUUCCCAAUGUGAAUCUCGCUGAUGGGAACGGAGCGCUGAUAGACACCUUCGCUGGCGUGCUGUAUGCGGACAGAGCCCUCCGAGCUGUGCAGAGGCUGUUUCAGUCCUGUGGGGGUGUGAUAAAGGACGGAGAGAAAGUGAUUGACAUCAGGCCUGGUGUGGAGGUCACUGUAACGACGGGCUCUGGAGUGUACAGAGGGAGGAGUCUGGUGAUCAGUGCAGGACCCUGGGCCAACACUCUACUGACACACACAGGACUGCAGCUCCCGCUCAAGGUUGUAAAGAUUAACGUAUGCUACUGGAAGGAGAAGAUCCCAGGCACCUACAGUGUCGGCCAGAGUUUCCCAUGUUUUAUAGAGAUGGAGCCAAAAGAGGGGGAAUAUGAUAUUUAUGGCCUUCCAUCCAAUGAGUAUCCAGGACUAAUGAAGUGUGCGUGCAUGUGUCUGAGCAGGUGUGUUACCACAUGGGCAGCGAGACCGAACCGGAUGAGCGAGAUAAACAGACGGAUAGAGGGGACAUCGAUAUUCUGGUGCGUUACGUCACCCGCUGUCUCCCUGGGCUGGUGCCAGUGCCUGCUGUGGUGGAGAGCUGUAUGUACACGGUCACGCCAGACCAUAACUUCGUCCUUGAUUCCCACCCAACCUACAGCAACAUCAUCAUCGGUGCUGGAUUCUCAGGCCACGGAUUCAAGUUCGGCCCUAUCGUAGGGAAAUUGCUCUCUCAGCUAGCCAUGGGGCAGGUUCCGUCAUACGACCUCUCACCUUUCCGUAUUCAACGUUUCCAGUCUCACGCCAGAUCGUCACUUUGAAUGCAAGAGCCUACAAUGACAGCUACAUCUGAUAUAAUAAAACAAUGUACUGUGUCAUGUUAAUUCAUUACUAAUUCAUUCAUGCUUUUUUCAGUAAUAUCGAGGAUGUGUCAAGUGAACAUUACACUAAAGAUGUGCAAAAAGGAAAUAUUCUUUCCCACAGAAUCCUGUCUUAAUCUCCCCAUCAGUGUGUUGAUGGUGUUGUGGAAUUGUGCCAUUGAAGUGUUUUCAAGCCGCCUUUUGUUACCAGGCUAAGAAGUUGACUUCCACCACCUUGUUGCACAAUAAUAGCAUGUGAAAUGUUAAAAAUACCAUAGGCUUUAUUCAGACAUGGACACUGUGCAUGUGCUAAUUAUGUUUCUAGGUAACAGCCUGUUUUAUAUUGAUUUCUGUGUAAACUCUGGAUGAGUCUAAUAGCUUUAAUUGUCCGUACCCUCCGAUGCUGGUCACCAGAGUAAAUGCCGCCAUGUUUCAGCAUCUGCUACACUGACAAGGGAGCCAUUAGCCUCCCGCGAUGAGUUUCUAACAGAAACGUCUGAUAUUGUCUGAUUGUAAACGCAUUCAUCUGUGGCCAACGACAUUAACAUUAAAGUGCACACUUGUCGGUUUUUA